AAAGCGGUGACCGAAUAGGCGUGUCUUUUCUGAGGCAAAAACUUUCUUGUUUUGGCUAUUGGGGACAUAAGGGGCCAAAACAUCUUAACUGUGUAACGUACAUGAUUGUGUUGUAACGCUUUGAAGAAUAUGAUUUUUGGGCAAAAGCCAAAAGUGUUAAAAGUGGGUAUCUCAUUAUCUUGGACUUUUCUCCAACUUAUGUUGCUCACUCAUUUUUAUAAUCAUAGGCAUCUGGACUGGUCUCAUCCGGUUCUUCCAUUCAACAAGGUGCAUCUUGUACCUCUUCUUUUUGCUUGAAUGCCCACUUCCAACCCCUCAAACUUGAGGAAGCAGUUCCCUUUCGAUAAUCCCAGAUGGAGUUCGGGUCUAACCCUGGAGAACCGGUUCAUGAUGUUGGUUUGGGAUAUGACAGAGGCAGGGAAGUGAAGGAAUUCGAUGAAACAAAGGCUGGAGUUAAAGGACUAGUAGACUCUGGCGUGGCCAAGGUCCCUAGGUUCCUCAUCCAUCCACCCGAGAGGCUUCCAAUGUCAUCUCCAGCCACUGGCCACUUCCAGGUUCCAUUGAUAGACCUCCAAGGCUUUGAAACUUGCCGGCGGGCGGAGAUAGUCGAUGAAAUACGUAAAGCGUCGGGGACAUGGGGUUUCUUUCAAAUGGUUAAUCAUGGAAUUCCGGUUAGUGUCAUAGACAACAUGUUAGAAGCCAUAAGACAAUUCCAUGAACAACCAAAGGAAGUGAAGAUGGAGUGGUACUCGCGCGAUUAUAAGCAACGAGUCAGGUAUUACUGCAACGGCGAUCUAUUUGUGUCGAAAGCAGCAAACUGGAGGGACUCCAUUGCAUUUGAUUUUCAAGAUGGUCCCCUAAAUCCUGAAGCAUUUCCCCUAGUAUGCAGGGAGGUUGUAAGUGAAUAUAUGAAACAUGUCAUUGAACUAAGCGAGGCAAUCUCAGAACUGCUAUCAGAGGCUUUGGGGCUUAGCAGUGACUACCUUGCAGGCAUAGAUUGCAUGAAAACUGAAUCACUGGUGUGCCACUAUUACCCAGUUUGUCCUGAACCAGACUUGACUCUUGGCACAACAAAGCAUUCAGACCCAUCCUCUCUAACUCUGCUCCUGCAAGACAAUAUUGGUGGCCUCCAAGUCCUGCAUCAAAAUCACUGGGUUGAUGUUCCCCCAGUGCAAGGAGCACUAGUAGCCAACAUCGGUGACUUCAUGCAGCUUAUAACCAAUGACAAGUUCAGAAGCGUGGAGCAUAGGGUACUAGCAGGAAAGGUUGGGCCUAGGGUGUCAGUUGCAUGCUUUUUCUAUCCAAGUGCUACACAUAAGUUUAAACCAUACGGGCCAAUAAAGGAAUUUCUAUCUGACCAGAACCCACCCAUAUACAGGGAAACUCAUAUUAGUGAGUAUCUUGCCUUCUACAGAUCAAAGGGACUGGAUGGAAACUCAGCCCUUCCUCAUUUUAAAGUCUAAACCAUGCUUGCAAUACAAUGAAAGUUUAAGGUACUGCAAAAUUUUGAGUUGUUGAAUGCUUUGAACUAGAUCAAUCUGUAUGGAGGUCAAUAAAUCUUUGACUUUACUGUUAAUUUCUAAUUUUAUUUAAUUUUUUUACAGCUUAUUUCAUGACAAUGUAGGACUCUAACUGGAAACGUGGGUAUGUUUGUUAA